AUGCUGCCACAAACUGACACUUUUUACAAGGAGACAAACAACUUCAGCUUCUAGUUUAAAGCUGAAGUUACAACAAGGACACAAUGAGUCAGAAUCUGUCAGAGACAGACUUUGAUUUGGUUAUAAUGAUAGACUGAUAUGAAGAUGAUAAUCGUCAUUAAUAAUCAGUGUGUUUACUGAUCUGCUCACAUCACCAGCGGCAGUUCCCUUAACGAUCAGAAAGUGAAAACAUCUGGAGAACAGGAAACAGAUGAGAAGCUGCCUUCAGAAUCAAAGCAUCACAUAAUUGACGGUCAUUGCGAUCUGUGAUCACACGCAAACACACACACACACACACACACACACACACACACACACACACACACACACACAGUCACCAUAACAACGCUGAUCUCUGCUGUUCUGUCGGUGAAGAGUAGAAAUGUGGGCUUUUAUUUUGUAGAGCUGUGUGUGACCUGUGAGGCAGCUGCUUUGGAAAAUGAAAGUGAAGGGACUUCACACACAUAGAGAAUGAAUUCUGUCAGAGUGUGGACUGGAGUUCAGUGUGGAAAGUGAGAGUGGAAACACUGCAGGACUUUUCGCUGAUCUGUUUUCUGUUUCCUGUCUGGAAUAAAAAGAGCUGAACACAGAUCAGCAGCAUGUUGGAGACACUGACCCACAGCAGAGCACCACCACUAUCAUCAUCAUCAUCAUCAUCAUCAUCAUCAUGUUCAGCUGGACCAGCCUGCUCUUCGUACUCUGCAGCAGCCUGACUCCUGUCCUCUGCUGUGAUUGGCUCACACAAUACACUCACCUGAGCAAUACCUCUCUGAAUCACAUCCGCCGCAUGGGUGGUCAGCUGACUUAUCAGCAGAGUCCAGUUCCUUUUCCAGACAAACUCUACAGACGGAUAUGGAUGGCUAAGGUGGAGUCUCAGUUGGUUUUCGUCAGAGACAGUCUGGAGCUGAUUUCUGAUCUGUAUCAGCAUGACAACCUGUCCUCUGCUACCUGGGAUACCAUCGAGACUGAACACUUCCUGACUGUCAUCGACCGCCAGAUAGACGGACUCAACACGUGUGUAUCGACUAACAGCUCAGCAGACAGCAGGCUGAGGAAAUACUACAGGAGGCUGGAGACGUGUACUGUGUACCGCACUGGUGGCAGUACUGUGUCCUGGGAGCUGAUCCGGAAGGAAACUAAACUGCACCUGGAGCGGUUGCACAUGCUGGUGGCGUCCAUCAGGAGGCGCUCUCAGCAGCAGCUCUGACUCAUCUCGUCCAUGAGUCUGAUUCUGUUUCUCUGUGAGAGACGCUGUGAUCUGUGAUCAUGUUUCUUUUGAUGAUCUCAUCCUAUUUAUUUGUUUAUUUAUUCAUGUUUUUAUUGGUCAUAUUUAUAUAUUUAUAAAUUUUUUUAAAUUGAUGAUCUGAUCCUAUUUAUACAUUUGUUUUUUUUAACAGUUUAUAUUUAUUGAUGUUCAGUUGUUUUUACUUGAACAUGAAGAUGGAAGUCAGAGAAUAUGUUGUGAUGAACGAUGUUGUGAUGAACUGAUGAUAACUUGUGUUUUUGUUUUUAUUACCGAUGAUUAUAAAAAUACAUGAAGCUGAUUUCCCUAUAAAAUCUGAUCCAGUAAAACCAGUGAAGAAAGUAAUAAAGUUGUAUGUUGACUGUCUCCACUGAGA